AUGAAAAUGAAUCAUAGCGUGUGGUCUAAUUCAUGCUCCGUUUACCAGAGAAAAUUAAUGAAAAGUAAACGUGCAAUCGAAUAUCAACUACAACCAAUCGAUGUAAUCUACGCUAAUGCUCAGAGUUUAAACGCCAAUUUUACACACUAUCAAAUUUUAUGUCAAGAAAAAUCACCUGCAAUUUUAAUGCUGAGUGAAACACAUAUCAAAGAUUUUUUCUCUGCUGAAUUAUCCAUCGAAGGUUAUAAACAUAUCAGUUGUGAUUCUGACAGCAAGCAUACAGGCGGUGUAAUAAUGUAUGUUAGAGACGAUUUAUGCUUCAAUGUAGUAAAAAAAUAUCAAAAAAGUAGGACGUGGAUUCUAGCUGUAAAAAUAUCUGAUAGCCUAAUAAAUGGACUUUAUACGAUAAUUUACAAAUCACCAAAAGAAAAAAUAUGCGACUUUUUAUCAAUAAUUGACGAAUUUAUGGAAGAAUGUAUAGAUGACGACGUCCUAAACGUUAUUGUUGGAGAUAUGAACAUUGAUGUAAGCAAAUCGAGUAAAAAUACAAAAAAAUAUUUAUCAACCAUACAAGACCACAAUUUAAAACAAAUUGUAGACGACUUUACGAGGGUGCAGAUACGAAGAAAAAGAAAUCAAGAAGAAAAAGUAUCUAAAUCAAUUAUUGAUCACAUAUUGACAAACAACGAUAAUAUUUCAUGUGCUGUGAAUAAAACUAAUCUGGUGUCAGAUCAUUUCAUGCUAGAGUUAAAAAUAAAUAACAGAAAAAUAUCAGUGAAAAAACAGCAAGAAAAAAUUUUAAAAAAUUGCUGGAAAAAAUACUCCAAGAAAAAUUUAAAUGAAAGAUUGAAAGAAAUUGAUUGGGAACAUGGAAGCGAACUGAAUUAUGACGACAACGUUGAGUCAACGAUUAAGAACCUAAAAAAUAGUGUAAAUAAAUUAGUUGUGCAAAAAUCUAAAUUCAAAAACAAAAAUGAGUGGUUUAAUGAAAAGAUAAAAAAGUUGAAAGAAGAAAAAAAAAUUAUGAUGAUGAAAUAUGAGUUCUCCAAAAAUAUGAACGAUAAAAAGUGCUUGAUGAAAUCUGUAAAAAAAUAUAAAGAAGCCAUUAAAGAAGAAAAAUGCAAAGAUAUACAAAACAAAAUAAAUAAUAACAAAAGUGAUCCAAAAAAAUUAUGGAAAAUAUUAAAAUCUAUGUACAGUGAAAAGAAGAGUGAAAUAAAAGUUAUACAAAUCGACGGUGCGCUCGUAAAUGAAUCAUCGGAAAUAGCAGAGAGCCUUAAUAAAUUCUUCAUUGAGAGUGUUGAAAAAAUUGUUGAAAAGAUUCCUAAAUCAAAAAAAAAUAAUUACAUUGAAAACAUAAACAUAAAUGAAUGCAAAUUUUCGAUAAGAACAAUUGAUGAAGAAGAGCUUUGUAACAUCUUAAAAAUAUUAAAGGACAAGAGUUAUUGUGAUAAUUUAAAUGGGAAAGUUUUAAUCGAUGCUAUUUCCAAUGAUUCAUUCGCCACCAAGUUGCUCAAUAUAGUGAACGAGUCAGUGACAUCUGGAGUAGUUCCAAGAUGUCUUAAAACGUCAACUGUAACGCCAAUCCCGAAAAUAACAAAUGCCAGCGCACCAGAAGAUUUCCGCCCCAUAAACAACCUUCCAACUAAAGGAUGA